AUGAAGGAACAACGUGUUAUUAUUAACAUUUCGCUCGUGCUAGUUACCAGUUGGUUCGUUGGUUCAAUAUUAACAGAUGAAUUAUCAAUACGCUAUGAGGCACCCGAAGACUGCCAGUGGUGGCUACGGGAACCUCAGAGUUCCGACGAAGUCGCACUGAUAUGCAAAUUACGAACGAUAAACAGCGAAAUAGAUACGACAAAUUUUAGCGUUAUCCCUUCAGAGUAUACCACAUCGCUCCAUAUAGAAUGCAGUGACACAAUACUUGCAAAAAGUUCUUUAGACGAACGUGGUUUCAUACACUUGACUCGUUUGAGAGAGUUGACUUUGCUGAAUUGCAAAUUAGGUAAAUGGUCAGCUGGUGCACUAGAAGGUUUGCGCGAUCUGCGCAACUUCACACUGAAAACAAGAAACACCGAUCUAGAACCGCUAAGUUUAGAAAUAGACUCCGGUAGCCUUUCGCCUGUUAAACAAUUAGAACGAUUAGAUCUUAGUCAAAAUAAUAUAUGGAAUUUUCCGGAGAACCUAUUUUGUCCGCUAGCAGCUUUAUCUUCCUUAAACGUUAGUCACAAUCGCUUGCAGGAUAUUGGAGAUAUCGGUUUCAGGCAACGACCUCAGAAAGAUUCAGUGGCUCCAAAAUGUGCAUCAGAUGUUCAAUCCUUGGACGCUUCAUUCAACCAUUUCGUAUUAUUGCCAGCACAUGGUUUCGGUACUUUACGAAGACUUCAAGAAUUGCGACUGCACAAUAAUGAAAUAUCUGUCGUUGCUGAUAAAGCUUUAGACGGAGUGAAAACUUUAAAAAUAUUCGAUUUAUCAAGUAACAAGGUCGUCGCCUUGCCUUCUGAAUUAUUUUCUGAUGCCUCUAGUUACAUUCAAGAAAUUUAUUUACAAAAUAACUCGAUAAGCAUUUUGGCACCUGGUUUAUUUGCAGGUUUAAAACAGUUACAAGCUCUUGAUUUAUCAAUAAAUCAAUUAACAAGUGCUUGGAUUGAUAAAAAUACGUUUGCAGGAUUGAUUCGCUUGGUAUUAUUAAAUUUAUCAAAAAAUAAAAUUUCAAAAUUAGAACCCGAUUUCUUUACAGAUUUAUAUACAUUACAAAUUUUAAAUUUACGACAUAACUUUUUAGAAAGCAUACCUGAAAAUGCUUUCGCUCCUAUGAACAAUCUGCAUACAUUGUUAUUAUCGCACAAUAAUUUAAAAUACUUAGAUGCAUAUUCACUCAAUGGUCUGUACGUGUUAUCCCUAUUGGCACUAGAUAAUAACGCGCUUAAAGACGUUCAUCCUCAAGCAUUUCGUAAUUGCAGCACUCUGCAAGAUCUUAACCUUAAUGGAAAUAAAUUGGAAAAUGUACCUAUAGCUCUUACAGACAUGCGACUCUUGCAAACCGUAGACCUUGGAGAGAACACGAUAAAAAAUCUUGAGGAACCUGGAUUUAAGGGCAUGAGCAACCUUUACGGCCUACGUUUGAUAAGCAACAUUAUAGAAAACGUAAGUAAUACUGUAUUUAGAGAACUACCAUCGUUACAAAUUCUCAAUCUCGCACGGAACAAGAUUCGAAAAGUUGAAAUAGAUGCAUUCGAGACCAAUUUGAAUUUACAAGCAAUUCGUUUAGAUGCAAAUCAGUUAACAGAUAUCGAAGGCCUAUUCACAGACAUGCCUGCAUUGUUAUGGUUGAAUAUUUCCGACAACCGUUUAGAACAUUUCGAUUACUCACAAGUGCCUAAAGGAUUACAGUGGUUAGAUUUACAUAGAAAUAAAUUGACUGAACUUUCCAAUAUACAUAAUUUGGAAAAUUCUUUAUCACUGCAAACAUUAGAUGCAAGUUAUAAUCAACUCACUACUAUUACCAUAGCUUCAUUACCGAAUAGUAUUGAACUUCUAUUCUUAAAUGAUAAUGCUAUAAAAACUGUAGAAUCUCAUACUUUUCUGUGGAAAACUAAUUUGACCCGAGUAGAUCUUUACGCGAACCAAAUAACGAGCUUAGAUAUAAAUGCAUUGCGCAUUGCUCCCGUACCGGAAGACGCAAAGUUACCGGAAUUUUAUAUCGGAGGAAAUCCAUUUAAGUGCGAUUGCACUUUGGAAUGGCUUCAACGAAUUAACCAAUUAAAUUACUUACGCCAGUAUCCGAAAGUUAUGGAUAUAGAUAAUAUUUAUUGCAAGUUGCUCUAUAAUAAAGAUCGUAUUUAUGUAUUGUUAUUAGAGGCAGAACCGUCUGAUUUCAUUUGUGCCUAUAAGACACACUGCUUUGCUUUGUGCCAUUGUUGUGACUUCGACGCUUGCGAUUGUGAAAUGACUUGUCCAGAUCGCUGCACGUGCUACCACGAUCAGUCUUGGUCGGCAAAUGUUGUGGAUUGUUCCGGGGCUGGCUAUGCAGGCAUGCCGUCUGGAAUUCCGAUGGAUGCAACGGAGGUACAUUUGGACGGUAAUGAUUUUGGUGAACUGUCCAGUCAUUCAUUUAUUGGACGAAAAAAUUUGAAAAUUUUGUAUGUGAAUGAUUCAAAUGUUGUUGCCGUUUAUAACCACACGUUCAGCGGUUUGAAAAGAUUAGCCAUUCUACACUUAGAAGAUAAUAAAAUUAGAAAACUAGUAGGAUUUGAAUUCUCCACAUUAGAAAGUCUACGAGAACUCUUCUUGCAAAGUAAUAAAUUGUUAUAUAUUGAUAACAGAACAUUUGUUGAAUUAAAAAAUCUCGAAAUAUUGCGCUUAGAAAAUAAUCAUCUCACUAGUUUUAACGCUUGGCAAUUGACGUUAAAUCAUCAAUUAGUUAACAUAGGAUUAUCAAAAAAUCCGUGGACAUGUGAUUGUAAAUUUUUAAGACGUUUUCGUACAUACAUUCAAGCAAAUGUUGGCAGGAUUAAAGAUGCUGAUAAAAUUUCCUGCGCUUAUAACAAUUUUACAAAAUUAUUAGAAGCUGGAAAUGUCACUUCGUGCACUGCAUCAUCAGGAGAAAGAACGGCCAUAUUGCAUAAUCAGGGUGAUGAUUUAUUCCCAUUACUUCUAACCACUACAUGUGCAGUAAUAGGUUUUAUAGGAAUAUUGUGCGGGGCGUUUUGCUACCGUAGAAAACUCCGCUCUUGGAUUUGCGGUUUCUGUGGGUACAAUAACGCGCCUUUUGACGAAGAUGGUGAUAAAGACAGAUUGUUUGAUGCUUACAUAAGUUACAGUGCUCAAGAUGAAGCGUUCGUAAACCAAUUGCUUGUGCCCGGUUUAGAUAUUAUAUAUCUACGCUUGAUAAUUAUAAAUUUACGCUUUCAUUUUGUUGCAUUUGUAUUAUCGUAUAAAUUACUUUUUUAAAAAAAAAAUUUUUUUUUGAAGACGAAAUUUUUUUUU